GAGAGGGGGAUCGAUCCAUCCAUCGAUCGCGCGGCCGGGCGGCAUGUCGCGGUUGGCGUCGGCGCUGCUGGCCCUUGCGACGGCGGCCGCGUUGGCGGUGGCGGUGCGGCCGGCGGUGGACGUGACUGCGACGGUGGCCUUCGGGGAGGGGUACGCGCCGCUCUUCGGCUUCGACAACAUCCUCCGCUCCGCCGACGACCGCACCGUCAGCCUCCUCCUCGACCGCUCCACCGGGUCGGGGUUCAUCUCGUCGGCCAUGUACGAGCACGGCUUCUUCAGCGCGUCCAUCAAGCUGCCGUCCGACUACACGGCGGGCGUGGUGGUGGCGUUCUACACGUCCAACGGCGACGUGUUCGAGAAGACGCACGACGAGCUGGACUUCGAGUUCCUGGGCAACAUCCGGGGCAAGCCGUGGCGGAUGCAGACCAACGUGUACGGCAACGGCAGCGUGAGCCGGGGCCGGGAGGAGCGCUACGUGCUGCCCUUCGACCCAACCACCGAGUUCCACCGCUACUCCAUCCUCUGGGCGCGCGACGCCGUCGUCUUCUACGUCGACGACGUGCCCGUGCGCGACCUGCGCCGCGCCCGCGCCGGCCGCGACUUCCCGGCCAAGCCCAUGUCGCUCUACGCCACCGUCUGGGACGCCUCCAACUGGGCCACCUCCGGCGGCCGCUACCGGGUCAACUACCAGUACGGGCCCUUCGUCGCCUCCUUCACCGACCUCGCGCUCGCCGGCUGCCGCGCCGGCGCCGGCGCCUCCCCGGAAGGCUGCGCCGACGCGCUGGCCGCGUCGGACCCGGCAGUGAUGACGCUCGCCAAGCAGCAGGCCAUGCGGCAGUUCAGGGAGCGCAACAUGGUCUACUCCUACUGCUACGACACGAGGCGCUACCCCGUGCCCUUCCCGGAGUGCGACGUCGUCGAGUCGGAGCGGAGGAGGUUCAAGGACAGCGGCCACCUCCGGCUCGCGCUCAGGCGACGCCGCGUGGGCCGCCGGCCGGCCAGGCCCGGCGGCGGCGCCAACAAGGCCGACAUGUAG